CUUUCUUGAAUCAAGUUAAAUAGGCUAAUAUUAAAUUAUUGUGAUUUUAUGAUCAUUGUGGUAUUUUAAAAACAGACCUAUAUUGAGUUAGUUGUGUGAAAAAAUAAACAGAAUAAUAACUGAAAAGAUGAUAGAUAAUAUAGAGCUGGAAGUCGGUAUUAAACCCUUCCUUAAGCCAGCUGAAAAUUACUACUCCUGCUCUCUACAUGAGGCAGUAAAACUUCUGGAGUAUAAAGAAAGCCCUGGCGAGCGUAGUGUUAAAACUGUACCUCAAUUUUUCAAAGACUGUUGUUCAAAAUAUAAAAAUUUACCUGCUUUGGCUUAUGAAACUUCUCUAGAGAACUCUGCUGGUAGCAGCGAAUGGACAUAUGUUACUUAUGGCGAAUAUGAAAAAAACGUGGAACAGGCUGCUUUAAUACUACUACACCUGGGUGUUCAAGCUCAUUCUAGCGUUGCUAUUUUGUCAUCUAAUUGUCCCGAAUGGUUUUAUAUGGAAUUGGGUGCUUUACGUAUUGGUGCUGUUGUGGCUGGUAUUUAUACCAGUAAUUCAGCAGAAGCUGUUUAUCAUGUACUGGAGACUUCAGAGACUUCUGUGUGUUUAGUGGAUGAUGCUCAGCAAAUGUCCAAAGUUCGAGAGGUUAAAUCACGUUUAAAACAUUUGACCGCAGUUGUUCAACUGAGUGGACCUUUUGAGGAAUUUGUUGAUAAAGAACCGGGCUAUUACAGCUGGAAGGGUUUGUUCGAAAUGCAAUUCAGUUCGUCCCUAUCUGAAGAGUUGCUGUUACGUGAGCAUAAUGUGGCGGCCAAUGAAUGUGCUCUUUUGGUAUUUACGUCUGGUACCGUUGGCCUACCUAAGGGCGUUAUGAUUUCACAUGAAAAUUUAUUAUUUGGCGCCCACUUAAUUAAAGACUUGCCUUUUCUGCAAGAUAACCAACAAAUCGGUGUCAGCUAUUUGCCUUUAAAUCAUAUUGCUGCUCAAUGCUUUGAUAUGUUUGUGGCCAUUGAAAAUGGUUUUCUCAUGUAUUUUGCCGAUCGUAAUACUCUUAAAGGUUCAGUGGGAAAAAUUUGUGGCAGAACAAAGGCCACUUUAGUGUUUGGUGUGCCUCGGGUAUAUGAAAAAUUACAGGAAAAUGUUAUAAAAAACGAAGCAAACUCUUGGAUUCUUGGCAGAAUUCUAAUGAAUGUAGUUCGCAAAGUAAUGGAAAAUUAUCACUUGGAUAAAAUGUCUAAUAAGAACCCCUCAGAGUUAAAAUAUUGGCUGGCUUCAAAAUUUGUUAAUAAAAUCAAACAUUCUAUAGGCUUGGGCCAUAUCAAGUGGUGUUUUGUGGGUGGAGCCCCUGUAACUGAGGAGGCCAAGAAAUUCUUUUUGAGCAUAGAUCUACCUCUAAUAGAUAUUUUUGGUAUGUCUGAGACCGGUGGUCCAGCUACUUAUAAUUUUGCUAGACCCAACCUUAAAACCGUGGGAAAAGCUAUCGAAGGCGUUGAAAUCAAAAUAGAUAGUCCUAAUGAAAACGGAGAGGGAGAGAUUUUGCUGCGCGGUCGGUGUAACUUUAUGGGCUAUUUAAAGGAUCCGGAGAAAACUAAGGAAACUUUGACUUCAGACUGCUGGCUUAGAACUGGUGAUAUGGGUUAUGUUGAUGAGGAGGGAAACCUUUAUAUAAGUGGCCGCUUAAAGGAGAUAAUCAUAACAGCAGGUGGGGAAAAUAUACCUCCUAUUCACAUAGAAGAAUUGGUUAAACAGGAAUUACCCUGCGUCAGCAAUGCGGUGGUUAUAGGAGAUCAUCGGAAAUAUCUCACUGUGUUGUUAACUUUAAAGACUGAUUUCGAUCCCGAUACCGGUUACCCUUUAGACUUCCUCAGACCAGAGGCCAAAGAAUGGUUACAGUCCUUAAACUUGCAUUAUACCAAACUGUCAGAAGUGCUUAAUAUAAGCUUGCCCGAAAAUUUAGAAGAUUUUGAUCCCAAUUCUGUGGAAAUCAAAUGUGAUGCCAAAGUGUUGCAGGCUUUGGAGGAGGGAAUUAAACGUUACAAUAAACAGGCCAUUUCUAGUGCACAAAAACUUCAAUAUUUUUGUUUACCGCAUGAUUUUUCGAUACCUACAGAUGAGUUGGGACCCACUUUGAAGAUCAAGAGAAGUGUUGUUUAUAAGAAGUAUAAUAAGUUUAUAGAGAAAAUGUAUGCCAAAUAG